AUGUUUAAUUUGGGAAGAUUUGAUAGUUUUUUUCGUGCGGUUUUAAAUUCUGAGAGGAGGUUUAGCACAAGUUCGUUCUUGCAGAGCCGUUUACAAACCAUUAGGGACAGAGCUGUAAGACAACAGAUUGAUUGGAUAAGGUCGACAAAUCCCAUAAAACAUGCAAACAGGACUGAUACUACUGUUUAUAGGGACCAGUGUAAGAUCCCUUUUAAGCUUCCAUGCACUGAGCCUAAAAGUGAUUUACUUGAUGACAUAAAUUCACACAGUUAUCAAGGCAAACUUGAGGAGAUGAUUAUUGAUUAUUUCGGCUCAAUUACAGCGGAACACGGUGACAUAUUGAAUGAAACUGGUGAUUGUCUCGUUGUUCCAAUCCCGCCUAACUUAACUCCACACUGUGGAUUUGGCCUCAAGGUACUGGAAUUGGGAGGUAAAAAACUCGUAAAAGCACUUGUUCAAAGGUCAAAAUUGAUAAUUUCAGAGCGAGUUAAGGAACUAGAACUAAUGAAAGACAGUUUUAAAUAUCAAAAUGAAUACAAAUCUUCACUCCUGGAAGCACGCACACUUCAAAUUGGUGAUGUGAUUUUAACCCCAACGUUUGGUUCGUCAAAGUGUACACUACUUGCCUUCAUGAUCACACCAUACUUCUGGCAGGGUAAUUCUAGAGAAGCAGCUUUGAGGUUAAGGGAGACAGUUAAGAAGUCAUUAGACCAUCUUAACUUUCUUAAAAUAACAAAUGUUCUCAUGACACAUGUGGGAGAAUCACUUCACGGAUACAGGCCAAAAGAUGGUUGUGAAAUCAUGGUUGAAGAAGCUUACGAAACUAUUUUACAGUUGGACAAAGCGGUUCCGAAUUAUCACCUGAAGACUGUAAGAUUCAUUGACAAGGAUGUGGAAACUUCUAGAACAUUUGCCAACGCUGUUUUCAAAAUUAGACAGGAAAAAUUACCAGAAUUUCAAGUUAUACCUGCUCCGGUGUAUUAUAGUAGACAUAGUGCUAGAAUAAUUGAGAUUGACGAAUCGGUACUGAAAUUCUCCUCACAGUAUAGAAAGAUAACAUAUAAGCGACACAGUGUGGUGAGAAGAAGUAAGAGAUUACAUUACCUGAGAAAUUUAAAACCAUUUUUAUGGCGAGGAAGUAGACUUUAUGACCCGCCGCCAUUUUAUCUUUUCAAGUCUACUGGCCUUCCAAGCGUUUUCCAAUUACCACCAAGGCCAUAUUAUAAAAAGGGAAUUUCACACAGACUGUUUCCAUUCUAUUCCAACGGUGUUAAGGGGAUGAAAAUGUCGAAUUCUGGAAAGUGGGUUGGGAAUCCCAAGAAAUUAGACAUUUACACCACAAAUUUACAAAAUCAAUAA